AUGUACCACGUGGCCGAGAUGGUGCGUGACGCCCGCCGCGACAUGAGAGCGCGUCACGACGACAGCACGUCCCUCGGCUUUGUGUACAGCACGCUCUCGACCUUCACGCCGUUCCCGUUCCUCUUCUCACUCUGCAGUCACAUCUCGAGUCGUCUCGUGCGUCGCGCGCCGGACCUCGUCAAGCACGCGGCAGGCGCCACACGCGACUGCGUCUUUGAUGCUGCAACGAACACGCACGAGCGUGUCGUGGAGCUCCGUCUGACGUGCACACGGACGGGUCAGCGGCUGUUUUAUAGUGUGAAAGUGCAGGUCGAGACGGCGCGACUGCCAGGCAUGCUGACGCCACUGCAGCGUCAAGUGGCAGUGCCACUUCUCUAUGGCGUUGAAGGCUUGGCGCAGUUCGUGAAGAGUGAAGAGCUGCCGGAACUCUAUUUUGUAGCCAAGAACUCGAUGCGACGUAGUUUCUUUCUGCGACACGUGGUGCUGCCGCCGUUAGGAGCGAUCGAGCGCGUCGUGCAGUACGUUGUCAUCUUCCCGAGCCAAGUGGUGUUUCCAUCGCGUGCUGAAAUCGAGGACAGGACGGACUUGUUUCUGGAAGGAAGUACGACGCGCGUGCAGGCGCUUGUCGAGCACUUGUAUUCAGCAACAGAAGUGCUGGACCAGCAUUUGAGUAUGGUGCAGUGGAACAUUCUAGGACGAGGACCGUACGAGUCGCUGAGUACGUUGAGACGAAGCGACGUUAUUCGAUCUGUGCACCAGAGGAUGCGCAUCAUUGUGUCGAACUAUAAACUGUUUGAGUUCUUGGCCACGAUCAAGCUACAGAACGAAAUGCUGUACAGCGACUUGCAGCGCGAGUUCCCCGAUGUUGGUGGUAUCCCGCUAACGCAGCAGCAGAUAGCAGCGAACGAAACGUUGACCGCUGAACUUGCUGAGCAAGAUGAGAAUGCAUUUCCGAUUUGGUUUUACAGGAAGAUUGACAUCCCCAGCGGGCUCAAUGGACGUAGCAAACGAACUCCAGAUGCAAGCAGUACAGCGAGUUCGAGUCAAUCUGGCCCGGCCACCACUGCCAGUGCUGGUGGAUCGGGCGCAUGGACAGAGUUUCCUGCUCACGAAAGUCGUCGUCUCGAACGGAAGUUCCGGUGGUAUCAACAGCGGACUGGAUUAAUCUUAGGCCCGACAAGACCGACUUGUAUUGUGCUAGUGGAUGGAGGUCGCCAUGAGGUGGACUUGGAAACUAUGCGCAUGACGCCAGUAUACUGGCCACCGCUUGAGGAAAUUGUUGUCUGCCGUUCUCGCUGGGUCUACGCCCAGCGCAAUUACGGCUUGGCCCCGUACAACGCAGAAGCUGCAGCUAUCCUCGAGGACGCUUUCGUGUAUUACCUGGGACUGUAUCCGCUUGAAAAGCAGCGUUUGAUGGAUAUCGAGGCAAUGAAGCCGCGUGGUUGUUUCAGCUCCCGUGCAAGUUUCAAUGAGGCAAUGUUGUCCGCUCGCGUCGAGAAAGACUGUGCCCUUAGCAUACCGGUCGAAGGGCACCUCGUUGAGUUUAAAGGAGCCCAAGACAUCAUGCAAUACAAACGGUUGUUAGCAGGCACCACGCCAUUCACGAGUAAGCGCCGCGUGUAUCGAGGAGAUCCGUGCGUACGGGCUGAUUCCGCUACGUUGCAGCUCUGGAAAGAUGCUAUGGAGUGCGACCCAGCUACGGGUAACGCGCUGAAGAUAACGGCAGACGAUGUGGACAUUGAAGAGGAGAUCGAACAUCUUGUACUCGUUGUGCACGGCAUCGGUGACGCAUUGAAGACACGCGAUCUGAUCAAUGUCGUGACGCUUCGCUCAAUCGUUGACUGCUCGACAACACUGCGAGAAUUGAAUCGUGAGGCUUUACGCUCCGCGCAUUUUGCUCACUUGGGCGGCGAAGAUGCCGAAAAAGCAGCAAACGGCGGCAACAAGGCGGCGUCGCAUCGACCUCGCGUGGAAUUUUUACCCAUUGAGUGGCACUCAAAGCUGCACAUGGAAGGCCUGGAUCAACUUAUCCACGACGUGACUCUUCCGGCAAUUCCCAAGCUUCGUGAGCUUGCCAACGACACCAUUUUGGACGUACUGUUCUUCAUGUCGCCGCUGUUUCACCAGGUCAUUCUGGAUGAAGUCGCAACGGAAAUGAAUCGCGUGUACUCGCUGUUCCUGUCACGUCAUCCGGACUGGAUGCAAUCGGGAUCUGCUCUUGAUCCCACACGUAAGCGCAAGAAAGUCUCAAUCAUCGCGCACUCGCUUGGUUCCAUCAUCUGCUUUGACAUUCUGAAUCACCAACAGGUGUAUAUGCAGCAACCUCAGAGCGUGCCUUGCACGGGUGGUGAUGACACUAGCGACGAGGAAGUAACAAUUGCACACGGCACGGAUGGAAAGGGUGGCAGCAGCACCUGUACCGACGACGAUGGCGACCGAGAGGUGCUGCAGGACAACAUCUUUGGUUUUGACACCGCUCUUGCGAGUAGGACAUUGAAGCGGCGCUCGCGGUCAAUGUCGGAGAUGUCGAAUGCAAAUGGAGCGUGGGGAAGUACGUUCCUUUGCAAUGAUGCCGGUCUGGAAAAGCAAACUAUCAGUCGGUACACGACAUCAGCUGCUCGCCGUACGGGUCAGAAGGAGAUUCUGGUCACGCCUUGUAGUGAGCAUCCAUCGUCAGGAAAGCCCAGUACUGGGGAGAAACACCAAGUCCACAAGUAUGCUGCUGCUCCCAUCGAAAGCAGCAGUGUCGUCCCACUCGUGCCGAAGCUCGCGUUCGACGUAGAAGACCUCUUUUGCUUCGGCUCUCCUGUGGGUCUGUUCCUGAACGUGCGGGGACAGAAACUCGACCGCAACUUCCAACUGCCUCGCUGCCGCCGGCUGUUUAACAUCUAUCAUCCGUACGACCCGGUGGCGUACCGCAUCGAGCCCAUAAUGAACCCUGCACGCGCUCACUCGAAGGCAGCGAUUAUCCGCACGUUUGAAGGCAAGCUGCGAUUCCAGUACCAGCUGCGCAAUUCGUUCCGUGCCAUGUGGGCUUCGCUUCGUCAAUGGCGUCACGACUUUGAGCUUCAGGUGCUUGCCGGCGCACACCGCAUCGGGCUCGUGGAAACUCCUGCAUUACCGACGCCAUUGAGUGAUGUGCUGGCGGUGGUGGCACAGCCGUAUGAGCAAUUUCAACAACGUCCGGACGAGGAGAUGCGGGAAGAACAGCAGCGGGAGGAGCGGGAAGGCGACGAAAGUACAGAAAACGUGGCAGUUUUCGGCCGACUGUGCCAGGGCCUCCCUGUCGACUACUCGCUCCAGGAGAACGAGAUUGAGAUUGCCAACGAGUACCUCUUCGCCCUCAUGGCCCACGUCAUUUACUGGGACAACCGCGACGCGAGUCUCUUUGUUGCGCAGAAACUUUUGCUGGAACCGGCAGCUGACCACUGGCCCGUCAGUGAGCAGCAGAAGACGACGGAGCUCGUAGAUCGCCAGACCAUAGCUGGAUGUGAACAGAGCAGCAGCAUCGAUAGAAGGAGAGAGCAUCUGGACACGGCCAAGUGA